AAUAAUGAUUCUGGAAGAACUUGUUGGUAGUUUUGUCGCCCUUGUUUCGAGUUUGAUUAUUCAAACACCGCCGAUGUCAAGAGAAAAUUUACAAAGGGAAUACACCUUGAUAACUGAAGGAAGUCAGAACGAAGUGUACGACGACUUAAUAUACUGUGAGUACGAGCAAGGAGCACCGAUGGAGGUGCCUUCUUAUGAAGAAGAUUUAUCUGUUUUGCUGCAAGAUGAUCAGCAACGCAGGCGAAAUUUCUGCGAAUCAUUUAUCCGAAGUUCUAAGGCAAAUGUCGGAUUACUAAUGGCCGUUGUUUUCGUAUUAGGGUUGCUAAUAGUUGGACUUGUCUAUGUAGAUUUGAAUACAACUAACUCGUGUGUAGCAUGGAUACACCAUAAUUUUAGUGUUCCAUCACGGAUCAUACGUAUUGCAGGAAUGUGCGCUGCAUUAGUCCCGCUGUUUGCAUGGUUUCCGGGCUGCCUUGCCAUGCUAUGGGGUUUGAAAGCGUUCAAAAAGGAUUUUUUAAUGUGUUUAAUAUGUCAGUUGGUGGCACUCACAUUAGAUUGUGUUUAUACAAUUGUUUUUCUUGAUAAGAAAACGGCUGCUGCCAAUGUUCAAUACAGGUAA